AUGGUGGGCCCUGCCAUGAUCGUAUGGCAUAUCUGGAAAGAAAGAAACAAGAGGAUUUUUAAGGAAAUAUCAAUUCCAAUUGAAAGACUCAUUGACAAAAUUAAGGUGGCAAUCAAGGAAGUGUUAAAUGGCAAGCCUUCUGAAGUCAGAAAAUACAAAUACAAUGAGUGGGAUAGAGAUAUGGAACGCUACUGGUCCUUCAAGGAGAUAGGUUCUACUCAUUCUCCAGUUAAAAAAGUUGAUAGGGAAGCUAUCAAAUGGAAUGCCCCUCCAAAGGGUUGGGUUAAGCUGAACUUUGAUGGAGUAAGUAAAGGAAACCCAAGGGAAUCUGGUUUUAGGGCCAUCAUCAGAAAUGAAUCUGGGUAG